AUGGCACUCCCUCCCAAGUGGUACCAGUUUCUUGUGAGCGUCUUUGCCUCGCUCGGUUCCUUCAACUACGGCUAUGAUUUGGGUGUCAUUGCCUCCGCCAUUGCUUCGGCCUCCUUCAAGACCAAGUUCGGCGAAGACCCCAAUGAGAUCGGCGCUGUCGUCUCCGUCUUUACUGGAGGUGGCUUCAUCGGUGCUGGCCUUGCCGGCCCCACCGGUGACAGACUCGGCCGUAAGAAGACAAUUCUCAUCGGUGCCUCCAUCUUCGUUCUCGGCGGCGCUCUCCAAGCCGCUGCGCAGUCUCUCGCUUUCCUCUAUGCUGGUCGUGCCCUCGCCGGUAUCGGUGUGGGUUUCUUGACCAUGAUCAUUCCCAUGUACCAGGCCGAGCUUUGCCAUCCUAGCAUUCGUGGACGAGUCACUGCUUUGCAACAAUUCAUGCUUGGUGUCGGUGCUCUGGCAGCUGCGUGGAUCUCAUAUGGAACGUAUAUUGGAUUCGCCGAAAACGACAACAACCAAUGGCGUGUCAGUUUGGGUAUUCAGUGUAUUCCUGGUGGCAUUUUGGCUUUGCUUAUUCUCUUCUUCCCCGAGUCUCCCCGUUGGCUCAUCGACCACGGUCGUGUCGACGAGGGUCUCGCGACUCUGGCUAAGCUCCAUGCUCACGGCGACGUCAACGAUGCCUGGGUCCGCGCCGAAUUCGACCAGAUCCAGGACUCCAUUGCCGCCGAGCACGAGGGUUCCGCAAAGUCCUACAAGGAGCUCUUCACCGACAAGUCUUGCUUCCGUCGUCUCUUCCUAGCUUGCGCUCUCCAAGGUUCUAUUCAGAUGACCGGUGUCAGUGCCAUUCAGUACUACUCUGUCGCCAUCUAUGAGAAGAUUGGCAUCGCCGGGGACGAAACCCUCCGCUAUCAGGCCAUCUCUUCCGUCAUUGCCCUCGUCGCUCAAUUCUCCUGCAUGAUGCUUAUUGAUAAGACUGGUCGUCGCUGGCCUUUGAUCUUUGGUAACCUUGGCAACUGCGUUACCUUCAUCAUUGCCACUAUUCUUCUCGCCAAGUUCCCUCCUGGCUCCGAGCACGCCAGCGGGGCUUCCGCCUGGGGUUUCAUCGCCAUGACUUGGCUUUACAAUUUCAGCUUCAGCGCCACCUGCGGUCCCCUCUCAUGGAUCAUCCCGGCUGAGAUCUUCGACAUGAAGACUCGCUCCAAGGGCGUCUCCAUCGCAACUAUGACCUCAUACGCCUUCAACACCCUCAUCGGCCAGACUACCUCUGUGGCUCUCGAUGACAAGCACGGCAUUGGCUGGCGCUGGUACAUCUUGUUCAUUGUUUGCAACUUCACAAAUGCCCUCUUUUUCUGGGCAUUCCUACCCGAGACUGCCAAGCGUCCUUUGGAAGAGAUGAGAUAUCUCUUCACCGAGGCUCCUCUAUUCAUUCCGACCCUGGACAUGAAGACUGUUGAGUCCUACGACCUUGAGCGCAGGGUUGAGGCAGUCGAGCAGAAGCGUGAACACGAAACCGAGCAUAUUUGA